CCCCGCGGCUGGGAGCGGGUUUAUGAGACUCGUGCUUCAGCGCCGUGCAGAGAGCAGGUUGCGUUGCAAGCGCCGACACGGCUCGGUAAACGCGUCUAUCUGUCUGUCUGUCUGUCUGUCGAUCGAUGUGUGUGUGUGUGUGUGUUUCUUUUUUAUAUAACUUUCUCAGCAUGCAUAAUUUUGUUCGUCCUGCCCGAAGAGCUCUCUCUGCCUUUUCUGCUUGCUCCCUUGUGAAAGUUGUCCACGGUGAAUCUGCACGGUCACUUCGCUGGGCUCCACCCCCCUGUUAUAUAACUGCACCUCGCGUUUUAUUUUACUGAUUACCUUCCGAACUCAGCGGGGCCCGAGGCAGGAUGCACUUUGCAGAGUUCAUCGCGGGAUGGAUUUCGGGUGCUCUAGGGUUGGUGGUUGGACAUCCCAUGGACACGAUCAAGAUUCCUGGAUUUUUCAAAGGAAUGUCUUUCCCAGUCCUCAGUGUUGCUGUGGGCAACGCAGUGGUUUUCAGUUCCUAUAGCAACGCCCUGGCGUUCAUCAGCCAAUCACAGCGCAGUGACAGAAGCUUCUCCCCUUCCUCUGUGGAGCUGUUUGCGGCUGGCUGUUUUUCAGGGGCUGCUCAGGUUCUGGUGAUGGCGCCGGUGGACUUGGUGAAGGUCCGACUGCAGAACCAGAACCACCCUCACCGGUCCGCGAGCGGAGCUGGGGCAGGGGUGGCCCUGUACAGGGGCCCGGUUCACUGCGUGACCUCCAUCCUGCGGCAGGAGGGGGUCCCGGGGCUGUACCGGGGUCUGGGGGCCCUGGCCCUGCGAGACAUCCCCUGCUACGGGCUCUACUUCCUACCCUAUGAGCUGCUGUGCCGGGCCCUGACUGAGGAGGGACAGCAGCCAGGCACAGCGACAGUCCUGGUGGCAGGGGGCUGCGCGGGUGUGGUCACGUGGAGCUGUGCCACGCCCAUGGACGUGGUGAAGGCGCGGCUGCAGAUGGAGGGGGCGCAGGGGCAGCGAUACGGGGGCGUGCUGGCGUGCGCGAGGGAGAGCGUGCGGGCGGAGGGGGGGCGCGUGCUGUUCAAGGGGCUCCUGGCGAACAGCGUCCGCGCCUUUCCCGUCAACGCUGUCACCUUCCUGACCUACGAGAGCCUGCUGAGGGGCCUGUAGUGACAUCACCCCCGUCCGCGCCCCUUUAAGAGAUGACAUCACCGCCGCCACCCACUCCUUUAAGAGAUGACAUCACAGCCGUGAUUGCUGUAUUGAAAGAGGCAGGGCUGCGUCCUCUUCAUUUUAUUCGCAGACUUCAUUUUAUUUUUUCUUUGUAAACGGUUUUACUUUUUCUAAACUUGGCAAAAAAAAAAAAAAAAAAAAAAAAA